UUGAUUAUUUUUUUAAAUAAUUUCAAUAUUUUAUUAUUUAUUACUUUCGUGUUCCUUUGCUGGGCUUGUAACAAGCUUUGCGGCUGUCUUCAUUUUAAAUAUCCAUGAAUGUAAACGUAAUCAAUAAAAUGUCUUCGAUUGCACACACAGGGAAGUGGCUCUUAGAGGCAGUGUGUCUCCCUCUGGUGGCGGAAAAACUGGACUACAGGUUCGAGAGCGAACCACAGUCUCCUCUCGAGGUGUCCAGCUCUAUUAUAUAAAGCAAGAGAAAAGAUUUAGGAAAAUAAAGACAAAGCGUCUCCUUUAUGAGCACCAAUGCGCCGUGGCCUCACACCGCUGAAGGUAAAUUUGUCCUAAAAAGUUCAAGACUUCCUUUACAUGACCUCAAAUAAAUGGAAAAGCUGUGUAUCACUCACAGAGAAGGCUUUUCCAUGUUGUUUGUAAAGUAAAUAACAGUCAGUGACCUGAACACGCUCACCUUCACCAAGGCUGCACAGUCCUCUGGAUUUUUUUACUUGCUAGCAACAAAAUACUGAAAACAAAGUGAGCUCAUCUCCAUGGCAAUAUAUCAAACCUAAACCAACACAUAGACACUUUAACACAAUACAUUUGAUAAAGUUCUAGAUUUUAAUGCACAUUCAUGGGAUUUUCCUUUAUUAAACCUCUUAUGCAGUCAUAUAUAAUAAAGCACUAACCUGAGGCUGCUGCCAUAAAGACUCCUGUCUGCUAGAUACAACAUGCCUGACUUCUUCAGCUCAGCCACUGCCUCGGGGGAGAACUUCACAACACAAUUUGCAUAUAAAAUAAGAUCAGCCUUUUACUUUGUGCAUGAUGCAAACUUUAGUUUUCCCUCUUUAUUCAAGUAGCAGGCCAGAUGGCAAGAAAAUCCACAGAGAGACACCGCAGCAGCACUCGCUUCCAUGUUGUGACAACAGCAGCUUGUUUUAAUGCUGGAACCUGCCCCUUGUAGGUGUGCACCAGGUAGGAGUCCUCUUUAAGACCUUCAGGUAAGGUUAAAUAUUGCGGGAAAUGUGCACGCUAUGUCCUCUCAGUCCAUGUGGGACACACCCGCCCUGCCCCGAGGAUCAUGGGAAGGCGGUUUUAGGUCUUUCAGGGAGCAGAUGAGACACAGAUGAUCAUGAGGCGGUUUUUCCGAGCACACCGGGACGAGGACUUCAGUCAGAUCCAGUAUCUGACGGCCAAGUGCACCCGCCUAGCUCAUGACAAAGCGGUGUUGGACAGAGAGUUUCUGGUGUCCCGAGAGAGGGAGAGAAGGCUGCAGAAUGAUCUGGAAGCUGUGACCGCCCAACUCCUCAAGCAAGACCAGCUCAAUAUGGAACUCAGGAUGAACCAGACCCAACUUAUCAGCAGGAUCCAGCAGCAGCAGGACCUGGUGAACUUGCUUCGGCAGCGCGUGGUCCUGCUAGUGGAGGCGAGCUCCCGGGAUGCAGAGCUACUGCGGCAGGUCGGCGCAGAGCUGCUUUGCCUGCAGAGCUCUGAGGUGAAGCUGGAGAGCCUGGUGGAGGAGCUGCAGGCUGAGGCCCAACACAGAACUGAGGUGGCAGAAAAUCUCCAGACAGAGCUGUACGCUGAGGCCCAGCACAGAGCUACACUCACUGAGAGCCUCCACGCAGAGCUGCGCAGUAAGACAGUGGAGCUGGAAAGGCUAGAAGAAACUAACAGGACGCUGACAGAAGAGCUGAUGGAUCUCCGCAGAACUUAUCAGAAGGAGGUGAGGGAACUGCAGCAGGAAAAUGAGGGAAGCCUGAGGAAACUUCAGGAGACGGCAGAGCAGUUCGAGUGGCUUUGUCAGCAACAGCGUUACUGGAUGUCUUGUGUGAAGAGGUUCAAAGACUGCCUCAUGGAGGAGAGAGAAGCUCUGCUGCGACAGGUCAGCAGGUUGGAAAAGAAAGCUGAGAAACUAAAGCGUUCACAUGACGGCAGUCCAACACGGAGACUUGUCUGCCCCCUUCAGGACGCCGAGGGCUGUGACAGUAUAAUAUCAUGGGAGGCAGACACAGUGACCAACCUGGAGUCUCAGGUGGAGAAGUCAAACAUGCUGUGCGAAGAGCUCCUCGACCAGCAUGCUUUAAAAAGUUAGAGGGCUUUGAGGAACUUGAGGUUUCAAAGCCAUUUUGCAAUCAAAUAGGAACCCCACGAUGUCUCACAAAGAACUCCUUCAGGAAGAGCUCACAAAUCCUGACAGGACCUCAAACACUUCAUCCUCCUGCAGGAUUUUUAUAGUGGAAGGUGUCUGCCUGGCCACUUUGGGGAUUUUUCAAAGCCCUCACAUCUUCAGAAUGACAAGUUCAGUGUUUUAAAAAAUGGGGAUAAGAGGAAGCCUGACAGACAGAACAUAAGGCUAAUAAUCGUGUGCGGAUGGCUGCCAGUCCCCCAGAUGAGCUGCCAGGCUGCCAGAGACUUCAGAGGUGGCUGAUAUUUUUUGGGCUCCGGAUUCACAUCAGACCUUUUCACUGUCUGUCUGUCUGUCGGCUGCACAUGGCUUCCUCCCAAGCCAUUCGAGUCCUUUUCCAAAGCAGCAAAGAGAUGACUAAUAAUGACUGGAGGGAGGUGAUUGCCAAUAGCCUCUGUGCUUCAUUCCCCUCACCUCUCACAGACUCUGCAGUGCAUUUCUUGGGAUAAUUAUUCUGAUUGAGUGCAGAUGAUGCAGAGUGGGGUUUUUUUGCAGUCCUUGCUGAGCUGAGAGAGGGAAGAAAUUUAGCUGGAGGAGCAGGGAGCACCGGAGUCAUAGAGGAAACAGCCAUGAAAAAACACAUUACCAGCUCUGACAUGAUUUAUACAAAUGGGAGAUUCACAUUGUGUAGA